ACUUCACCCAGCGACCAGGCGCCAGCGCUUCUUGGUCCUAGCCUGGCACAAAAGUCCGGAACCGCAGACACACCGUAUAAAUCGCCUGCGCGGCCCUUUUGCUAGACGCCGCCUGCCUGCGCACCUCCGACAACCCACCCACCUCGGUCUGCAGCCCUCAAGCUGCCACCAUGUCCACCCUCAAGGCCAGCAGCCUCGCGCCAAACGCGCCGUCGCCGACGCCCUCGAACGCCUCCGCGAAUGGCACCAAGCGCAAGCGCCCCGAGGAGGGCUCCAAGGUCGUGUACUCGCAGCCGCUCGACACGGAGGAGCGCAGCCAUCUCUACACCCAAGUCACCUACGCCAUCGAGCACCUGCGCGAGCAGCCCGACAAGUGGUUCACCUUCAAGGAUAUCAUGAACUAUCUCAACAUCCGGGAAGACAACAUCUCUCUCCGCAAGCACAUGAAGGCCUUCUUCCAUGCCGCCAACGCAGGCAACAAGAUCGAGUACAACCCUGACACGAAGAAGUAUCGCUUCAAGCCCAAGUACGACAUCCGCAAUAACGCCGAGCUCCGCCAGUAUCUCCAGAACCAGAAGUCUGCUCAGGGCUUGGCGGUCAAGGACCUGAAGGAGGGCUGGCUCAACGUGCAGGAUGACCUGCGCAUUCUGGAGGCUAGAAAGCAGAUUCUUGUAAAGCAUAACCAGAAGGACCAGAAUGCGAAGACUGUGUGGAACAAUGACUCGACGCUCAUGUACGACGUUGAUCCCGAAUUCAAAGAGGAGUGGCACAGCACGACGGUCCCGCAGACCCAGGACGAACUACGCAAGGCGCUCCUAGCUGCUGGUCUCAAGCCGGCAAGCGCCCCUCGUCUCCCCACUGUCACCAAGCCCAAGGAGAAAAAGCGCAAGACCGUCCGUCGCGGCGGCAAGAUGACCAACACGCACAUGGCGAGCAUUCUCAAGGACUUUUCGCAUUUGCGCAAGUAGUCCUCUUCUUAAUGGCAUAGCGUCGGCGUUUGGGUGGGUAAAACUUUUCACGGUUCCGGAUGGUGUUCCAAGUUCGCUCUGAUUCGAGGAGCUGGCGACGGUAAGAUAAGCUGUACAACAGGCGUAGGGUCUCUAGAUGAUUUGCUUCCUUUGGGGAAGUUUGACUGCAGUUGCACAAAACCUGACACCUUAUUCGUGUCUACUUGUCAACCCCAAUAAUACAGCUCACAUGGCCAAAUGCAAGUAAAAGGUUGAGUAGGCCCGUAUCAAAUAUCAAAUUCACUUGUUACACGAAGACCUGUUU